GCCGUCGCUCCUGUCCCACUCAGCGGCGCGGUCUCGCGAGACUUGCGAGUAAACAUCCCCGAAUGGAGACCCGAGGCGUGUUCGCGGCGGAGGCGCCGUUCUCCCGGGCCCGCCAACUCCGAGCCUGAGGCGGACGCAGAUUGGCUCACAGAGUGCUUGCUUGGGCAUCCCAAUAGAUUUGGAUCUGGUGCAAAUGGAGUUUAGGACUCAGUGGACUCGGCCCUGAUGAGAGAAGCCGCUGCCCAAGAUGGAGAAGAAGCGGAGAAAGAAAUGAAAGCCUCUUUUUGGGCCAGACCGUGGGUGACCAUGGGACUGAGGUUUUCCUUAUGUUGGACAAGUCAGUAGGAUGGCUGAUCAGUAAGGUUGCAGCUUUUAGCCAAAACGGAAAUUCACUUCUGAUCAAGGAAGAACCUAGUGCGAUUUGAAUUUAUGCGAUUUUGUGACCAUAUUCAUUUAGGACCAUGAAGCUCGUCAACAUCUGGCUUCUUCUGCUGGUGGUUUUGCUCUGUGGGAAGAAGCAUCUCGGUGACAGGCUGGGGAAAAAAGCUUUUGAAAAGGCCCCAUGCCCUAGCUGUUCCCACCUGACUUUGAAGGUGGAAUUCUCCUCAACUGUGGUGGAAUAUGAAUAUAUUGUGGCUUUCAACGGAUAUUUCACAGCCAAAGCUAGAAACUCAUUUAUUUCAAGUGCUCUGAAGAGCAGUGAAGUGGACAACUGGAGAAUAAUACCUCGCAACAACCCUUCCAGUGACUACCCUAGUGAUUUUGAGGUGAUUCAGAUAAAGGAGAAGCAGAAGGCCGGGCUGCUCACACUUGAAGACCACCCAAACAUCAAGCGAGUGACCCCCCAGCGCAAAGUCUUUCGUUCCCUGAAGUUUGCUGAGUCCGACCCCAUUGUGCCCUGUAAUGAAACCCGGUGGAGCCAGAAGUGGCAGUCAUCACGUCCCCUGAGAAGAGCCAGUCUCUCCCUGGGCUCUGGAUUCUGGCAUGCAACAGGAAGACAUUCAAGUCGACGAUUGCUGAGAGCCAUUCCUCGCCAAGUCGCCCAGACGUUGCAGGCAGAUGUGCUGUGGCAGAUGGGAUACACAGGUGCUAAUGUCAGGGUUGCUGUCUUUGAUACUGGGCUCAGUGAGAAGCAUCCGCACUUCAAGAAUGUGAAGGAGAGAACCAACUGGACCAAUGAGCGGACCCUGGAUGAUGGGCUGGGCCAUGGCACAUUUGUCGCAGGUGUGAUUGCCAGCAUGCGGGAGUGCCAGGGAUUUGCCCCGGAUGCAGAGCUGCACAUCUUCAGGGUCUUUACCAACAAUCAGGUGUCUUACACAUCUUGGUUUUUGGACGCCUUCAACUAUGCUAUCCUAAAGAAGAUUGACGUUCUAAACCUUAGCAUCGGCGGGCCUGACUUCAUGGAUCAUCCCUUUGUUGACAAGGUGUGGGAAUUAACUGCAAACAAUGUAAUCAUGGUUUCUGCCAUCGGCAAUGAUGGACCUCUUUAUGGCACUCUGAAUAACCCUGCUGAUCAGAUGGAUGUGAUUGGAGUGGGUGGCAUUGACUUUGAAGAUAACAUCGCCCGCUUUUCUUCCAGGGGAAUGACUACCUGGGAACUACCAGGAGGCUAUGGUCGUGUGAAACCUGACAUUGUCACAUAUGGUGCUGGAGUGCGGGGUUCCGGUGUGAAGGGGGGCUGCCGGGCACUCUCAGGGACCAGUGUCGCUUCCCCAGUGGUCGCUGGAGCUGUCACCUUGUUAGUCAGCACGGUACAGAAGCGGGAGCUGGUGAAUCCUGCCAGUGUGAAGCAAGCCUUGAUAGCAUCAGCCCGGAGGCUUCCUGGUGUCAACAUGUUUGAGCAAGGCCAUGGCAAGCUGGAUCUGUUGCGAGCCUAUCAGAUCCUCAGCAGCUACAAACCACAGGCGAGCUUGAGUCCUAGCUACAUCGACCUGACUGAGUGUCCCUACAUGUGGCCCUACUGCUCCCAGCCCAUCUACUAUGGAGGAAUGCCAACAAUCGUUAAUGUCACCAUCCUCAAUGGCAUGGGAGUCACAGGAAGAAUUGUGGACAAGCCUGAGUGGCGGCCCUAUUUACCACAGAAUGGAGACAACAUUGAAGUGGCCUUCUCCUACUCCUCAGUGUUAUGGCCUUGGUCAGGCUACCUGGCCAUCUCCAUUUCUGUGACCAAGAAGGCAGCUUCCUGGGAAGGCAUCGCUCAGGGCCACAUCAUGAUCACAGUGGCUUCCCCGGCAGAGACGGAAUCAAAAAACGAUGCAGAGCACACUUCCACAGUGAAGCUUCCCAUUAAGGUGAAGAUCAUUCCCACCCCUCCUCGGAGCAAGAGAGUCCUCUGGGACCAGUACCACAACCUCCGCUACCCUCCAGGCUACUUUCCCAGGGACAACUUGCGGAUGAAGAAUGAUCCUCUUGACUGGAAUGGCGACCAUGUCCACACCAACUUCAGGGACAUGUACCAGCAUCUGCGCAGCAUGGGCUACUUCGUGGAGGUGCUCGGUGCCCCAUUCACAUGCUUUGAUGCGACACAAUAUGGCACUUUGCUUAUGGUGGACAGUGAGGAAGAGUACUUCCCUGAGGAGAUUGCUAAGCUGAGGAGGGAUGUGGACAAUGGCCUUUCCCUUGUCAUCUUCAGUGACUGGUACAACACUUCUGUUAUGAGAAAAGUGAAAUUUUAUGAUGAAAACACAAGGCAGUGGUGGAUGCCAGAUACUGGAGGAGCCAACAUCCCAGCUCUGAAUGAGCUGCUGUCUGUAUGGAACAUGGGGUUCAGUGACGGCCUGUAUGAAGGGGAAUUUGUCCUGGCAAACCAUGACAUGUAUUAUGCGUCGGGGUGCAGCAUCGCCAAGUUUCCAGAAGAUGGUGUUGUGAUCACACAGACUUUCAAGGAUCAAGGAUUGGAGGUCUUAAAACAAGAGACAGCAGUUGUUGAAAAUGUUCCCAUUUUGGGGCUUUAUCAGAUUCCAGCUGAAGGUGGAGGUCGUAUUGUGCUGUAUGGAGACUCCAACUGCUUGGAUGACAGUCACAGACAGAAGGACUGCUUUUGGCUUCUGGAUGCGCUCCUUCAGUACACAUCAUAUGGUGUGACCCCUCCCAGCCUCAGCCAUUCAGGGAACAGGCAGCGUCCACCCAGUGGAGCUGGUUUGACCCCUCCUGAAAGGAUGGAAGGAAACCACCUUCAUCGCUACUCCAAAGUUCUUGAGGCCCACUUGGGAGACCCGAAACCUCGGCCCCUUCCAGCCUGUCCACACUUGUCAUGGGCCAAGCCACAGCCUUUGAAUGAGACGGCGCCCAGUAAUCUUUGGAAACAUCAGAAGCUGCUCUCCAUUGACCUGGAUAAAGUAGUGUUGCCCAACUUCCGAUCGAAUCGCCCUCAAGUGAGACCUUUGUCCCCUGGAGAAAGUGGUGCCUGGGACAUUCCUGGAGGGAUCAUGCCUGGCCGCUACAACCAGGAGGUGGGCCAGACCAUCCCUGUCUUUGCCUUCCUUGGAGCCAUGGUAGCCCUGGCCUUCUUCGUGGUACAGAUCAGCAAGGCCAAGAGUCGGCCGAAGCGGAGGAGGCCCAGGGCAAAGCGUCCACAACUUGCACAGCAGGCCCAUCCCCCAAGGGCCCCAUCAGUGUGACAUCACAGUGGCCACAGGGCAUCAGAGAGCAUCCUGGGAGGUGCCUGUUUCCAAGGAACCUCAUCUCCAGCUUGUGGCUGGGUUAGUGUGUUCUACCCAGGCAUCUCUGAGGUACAUCCUGCGGUACCUCACUGCUGGGCUUGGGCAGGAAGCACUCAGUAGCUCAGCCUCCGGUGGCAUCCGGCCCAGUGACAGUGCACCAAAGACGCAGAGCCUUGAAGGGCUGUCGGGACACACUUUCUACAUAAUGCUACAAGCCUGACCAAGUGAAGACAUGCUUGGUACAGGCUAUUUUCUAUAUUUAUUGUGGGGAGAGGCACUUUAAAGACUUGUGCUAUUUGGAAGCAAAGCUGUUGUUUUUGUUUGUCAGUUGAGUGCAGUCUUCUGCAAUGACAUCAUAAAGAGUCAGAUUCCGUGACCUCCUUUUUGAUGAGAAGACAGACUGAACUGAAGGGAACUUGAACAGAUCCGGGAAAUGCAGGCCUUCGCUUUAUUUUUAUAACUAUCAACUGCCAUUAUGUUUUGUAAUUUGGGGUCUUGAUUUCACCGUUGUUGGUGAAGGAAAUUUUCAAUAAAUAUGCAUAACCU